GUCUGCUCGACGUACUCGGCGAGAUAUUUGAGGCUUCCACGACCUGGUUGGAGAUUUGAUUACUCUCAAAUUAUCUUCUAUCGACGGAUAAAGUUUUACGUGUCUAGGAACUUCCCUAUCCGACCCGUGGCUAUACAAACACUACGCGCACAGUCGCCGACUUCGGUGCUCGCUGUUUUAACUACCCUGUCUUUUUCAAGACUUCGCGCUUGUUGACGACAUUUUAAGGGAUUCGAUCAACCAUGGAUCAGCAAGUCGACAGGCUAGUCGAUAAGAUCUGGGGAAAAUACCAAUCCACACCCCCAAACGCGCGCCUCCUAAUAGCCGUCAGCGGCAUCCCUGGAUCUGGCAAAACCGGCCUCGCCACAACAAUGGCAGCGCGCAUCAACGCCCUCCACGCCGCAACCCACCCGCACAAACCCCCCAUCGCAACCACAAUCCCAAUGGACGGAUACCACCUCACACGCGCGCAGCUUGCGCAGAUGCCCGACCCAGCGUACGCAGCCGCCCGGCGCGGCGCGGCCUUCACCUUCGACGGGGAGAAGUUUCUGAAGCUAGUGCGGGCGCUGCGGGAGCCUGUUACGGCGGAGACGAAGAGCGUGUAUGCGCCGAGCUUUGACCAUGCGGUGAAGGACCCUGUUGAUGAUGAUAUUGCGGUGCCGGCUUCGUGCCGGGUUGUGUUUUUCGAGGGGAACUAUUUGAGUUUGGAUCGCGAUCCGUGGAAUCGGGCGGCGGGGUUGAUGGAUGAGCUUUGGUUUGUGGAGGUGGAUUUUGAGGUUGCUAGGGAGAGGUUGGUAAGGAGGCAUGUGCUUGCGGGCAUUGCGGAGGAUGAGAGGGCUGCGGAGAAGAGGGUUAGGGAGAAUGAUCUUGUUAAUGGGAGGGAGAUUGUGGAUUGUCGGUUGGGGGUGCAAGAGGUGAUUAAUAGUACGUUUGAUCCUGGGUGGGGGAGUUAAGGUUCUUUAGGGG